AUGACUACUGAAACUAAUCCACCUGAUUACUACUAUUAUAUCGACCCUCAAACUUAUUAUCAACCACAACAACCUAACCCUCUAGAUGAUUUGAUUUCUAUUUAUAACCUUAAAGAUCUUUCGAAACAAGUGGCAAGAUCCAACUUGGACGGUACAAAGGCAGUCAAAUUGAGAAAAUCAUACAAGAAUCAAAUUUCUGAUCUAUCAGGUAAAUUUAACAUCAUACCGACAAGAGAAAAUGGUAAAGGUGGGGAAAUAUCAAAUAUUCUAUUCCAAAACAAUGCAGAUAUGUUGUCGGAUGGUUCCAAUUAUAUGGAUUUGAAAAAGCAAAAUUAUCAAGAAUAUUUACAAAAGAUGAAAAAUAGAGAUUUAUCGCUUUUCAAUUUACCAAAUAUAGAUUGGAACCUUUGUAAUAAUGUCAUAUCCAAUUUCGAAAAAUCAUACCCUGCAGAAUUCCAAAACAAUUCCAUUAUAAACAAUUUCCAAAUUGAUGAUUUGGCGUUUGAUUUCGACGGAACAGGUAACUUGAAUCUUUCAAGUGCAAAUUCAAAUAAUACAAAUAACGUAAGCAAUCCUGGCAGUACAGGUGGGACUACUGCAAGUUCGAUGAAGAACGGUUCACAACAGAAAAAGAGAAAGAAUAAAUCAAAUGGUAGUUCAAUGGCUACUCCUAAUAGUGAAUUCAAUGAUGAUGUUAAGAGAAGAAGGUUGGAAUAA